AUGGUGGAUUACUGCAAAUACAAAAUGUCAGGCAGUGAUGAAGAAUUUGAUAAUCAACCACAGUCCGGAAUGUCCAAAGCUGAAUUACGCCGGAGUAAUAAACCAAUUAUGGAGAAAAGAAGAAGAGCUAGAAUUAAUCAAUGCUUGGAUGAAUUAAAGAGCCUAAUUUUGGAGGCGAUGAAAAAAGACCCAUCGCGUCACUCUAAGCUGGAAAAAGCGGACAUCUUGGAGAUGACAGUGAAGCACUUGCAAUCCGUCCAGCGGCAGCAACUAAGCGCCGCAGUGGCCACAGACCCGGCAGUGCUGACCAAAUUCCGCACCGGAUUUUCCGAGUGCGCUGGAGAAGUAACGCGUUACGUAAACCACCUGGAGAACGUGGACUCGUCGGUGAAGCAGCGAUUAGUCUCGCACCUGAACAACUGCGUGAACAAUCUCCAACAGAUGGCGCCGUUUUACGGUCACUAUGUGCCCUACAUGCCUGAGCGGCUGUUCCCGGACGUGAAAGUCGGGUUCCAGGGUGACUUCCACAGCGGAGACGAGAACAACAACGCCAGUGCGCGGAUCCAGAUUCCCAGCGGGGUCCAGCUGAUUCCCAGCAGGCUGCCCACUGGCGAGCUGGCCCUUUUGGUGCCCCAAUCCGCUGGAAUUUCAGCAAACUUUCCCUUCUUUCCUCCCGCUAAUCAGGAACAGCCUAGGAUCAGGAACAGCUCCGCUUUUACUCCAGUCCAGCGAUCCCACAGCCCGCUGCUCAGUCCCUCGACGUCCACCUCCAGCUUCGGCGAAGACCAGACCCCCGAGGCCAGGCACACAGAGUCUCCAGGCAGGUUCAAAGUCCCUGACCAGAGCUCCAAAAGCUUUUCUUCUCCAGAGACACAAAAGGCCCAAAUUUCUUCUUCCAGCGACAAGCCCUCCGCCUUCGUCAAUCCCAAGCUCCUGGAAGAAGACUCCAGGGUCAGACAGCCUUUGUCUGUAAUUACUGAUAAGGCCUACAAUAACAGGACCUCGAAUGGCCAGCGGAAGGAUCUCAAGAGGCACAACUCCGACGGGCUGCUUGUCAUUGCUGAGAAAAGGCCUAAAUAUGCUGAAGCUUCCUCUUCUUUACAUCCUAUCAGGGAGUAUGCACACUCUGUUGAAGAUCUUGCGGCUCCUAUCAAGGCUAAUAAGAGUGUCAGUGCUAGAAAUUCUCCUGCUGCCCAUUCUGCCCACGCUGCCCAGGGUAAUGGCGAUAUGUGGAGGCCCUGGUGA